GCCGCGCGCGCGGCCGCGUUUGAAUGUCUCUGAGAGGGUCUCUGCCUGGGAGCAGAGGGACUCUCCAGGCUUCCGGGCGCAGUUCAUCUGCACCGGAGCUGGGUUGAGGUGCCAGAAUACCAUGAGGCACCGGUAUUUAAGAGAUUAUGGCAUCUGAAACCCACAAUGUUAAAAAACGGAACUUUUGUAAUAAUAUUGAGGAUCAUUCCAUUGAUCUUCCUAGAAAAAGGAUCUCUAAUUUCACUAACAAGAACAUGAAGGAGGUUAAGAAAUCUCCAAAACAGUUGGCUGCUUACAUAGAUAGAACAGUUGGACAAGCUGUGAAAAGCACAGAUAAACUACGUAAGGUGAUCUACCACAGAAAGAAAGUUCAUCAUCCUUUUCCAAAUCCUUGUAAUAAAAAGAAACAGUCCCCUAGAAAUGGGGGCUGUGACAUGGCAAAUAAAGAAAAUGAACUGGCUUGUGCAGGCCACCUGCCUGAAAAAUUACACCAUGAUAGUCGAACAUAUUUGCUUAACUCCAGUGCUGGUUCUUCACAGACAGAAAGCCCAUCAUCAAAAUACAGUAGUUUUUUUUCUGAGGUUUCUCAGGACCAUGAAACAAUGGCACAAGUUUUGUUCAGCAGGAAUUUGAGAUUGAAUGUGGCUUUAACUUUCUGGAAAAAGAGAAGUAUAAGUGAACUUGUAGCUUAUUUGGUGAGGAUAGAAGACCUGGGUGUGGUGGUGGAUUGCCUUCCUGUGGUUACCAAUAGUUUACAGGAAGAAAAACAAUAUAUAUCACUUGGCUGCUGUGUAGACUUGUUGCCUCUAGUAAAGUCACUACUUAAAAGCAAAUUUGAAGAAUAUGUAAUAGUUGGUUUAAACUGGCUUCAAGCAGUCAUAAAAAGAUGGUGGUCAGAACUAUCAUCCAAAGCAGAAAUUAUAAAUGAUGGAAAUAUUCAGAUUUUAAAACAACAAUUAAGUGGAUUGUGGGAACAAGAAAACCAUCUUACUUUGGUUCCAGGAUAUACUGGUAAUAUUGCUAAGGAUGUAGAUGCUUAUUUAUUACAGUUGCAUUGAAAGACUUCAUUUACUGAAGAGCAUUUGGUUACUCAAAACACCCUUGGACUAUCUGAUUUCCAAAAAAAGUCUCAUCACAGAACUAUGAAACUGUGGAAGAUGUUAAAACUUUUUUUUUA